AGCCUUCUUCAUUCCCUCCUCACUCUCACUUGCUUCCGAUUAAGCCUUCUCUUCUCUUCUCUUCUACCCCGGUGCAUGCUACCUAGCCUACCUUCUCUUCUUCCUCCUACGUGCACACCGGAGAAGACAUAGAUACAGUACGUAUGACGUGGGUGAACGGGCCGAUCGUGGUGGGCGCCGGCCCAGCGGGCCUGGCCGUGGCGGCCUGCCUGGAUACCCACGGCGUGCCGUCCGUCGUCCUGGAGCGCGACGACUGCAUCGCGUCCUUAUGGCAGCGGCGCACCUACGACCGCCUCCGCCUCCACCUCCCGAAGCAGUUCUGCGAGCUCCCCGGCAUGCCCUUCCCCGCCGACUUCCCCGAGUACCCUUCCAAGCACCAGUUCCUCUCCUACCUCCAUUCCUACGCCGCGCGCUUCCACGUGGCCCCGCGUUUCAACCGCGCCGUCGUCUCCGCCCAAUUCGACCACGCCGCCGGCCUCUGGAGAGUCCACACUGAAACUUCGUCUUCUUCGUCUCCGGCAACGGCGGAAGAGGAGUACAUCGGGCGGUGGCUGGUGGUGGCCACGGGCGAGAACGCGGAGCGGAUCAUCCCGCCAGAGUACAGCUCCUCCGGCUCCAGCGGCUUCUCCGGGCCGGUGAGCCACGUGUCCGAGUACAAGUCCGGCGCGCCGUACGCGGGGAAGAAGGUGCUCGUGGUCGGCUGCGGGAACUCGGGCAUGGAGGUCUCGCUCGACCUCUGCGACCACGGCGCGCGCCCCGCCAUGAUCGUCCGGGGCGCCGUCCACGUGCUCCCGCGCGACGUGCUCGGCGUCGCCACCUUCUCCCUGGCGUCGCUCCUCCUCCGCUUCCUCCCGCUGCGCCUCGUCGACGGUUUGCUCGUCUUCCUCGCGGGCGUCUUCCUCGGCGCCGACCUGCCCAGGCUCGGGCUCCGGCGGCCCACGGGCGCCGGCCCGCUGGAGAUGAAGAACAGUAAGGGCAGGACGCCGGUUUUGGAUGUCGGGGCGUUGGAUAAGAUCCGGAAGGGGGAUAUCGAGGUGGUGAAUGCUGGAGUGAAGCGGCUCGUCGCCGGUGGCGCGGAACUCGUGGAUGGACGGUUCGUGGCCGCGGACGCCGUCGUUCUCGCCACCGGCUACCACAGCAACGUCCCGCAGUGGCUCAAGGGAAGCGAGUGCUUGUUCAGUGGGGAAGGGUACCCCAAGGUGGGCUUCCCGGAAGGCUGGAAGCUGGGCGAAUCGGGGCUCUACUCCGUCGGCUUCACGCGGAGGGGCCUCGCCGGCGUCUCCCUCGACGCCGUCAGGGUUGCAGCAGACAUCGCCACAGCAUACCACAACAACAACACCAACACCAACACGUCUUCUUCUUCUGCUUCCGUCUAGCUUCAUUCUUCACACCCGAGACAUGCAUGAACAUCCUGCCUUCAGAGAAGCCCUCCUCGCUCCGAGGACAGCCACCAAAUUGACAGAUAAACAGAGCCCAAAUUUUGCCGUGUUCAUGGGUUCUCUUCCUUCCUUUCUCUGCCUAAUAAACCGAGUACUGCUCUGCUACAGCUGCAUAUGCGUUGCUAGCUGUCUUCACUCUUCAGACAGUACAUAUGUAUGGCAUUCGGUCGUGUAGCCUUUGUAGCUUAAUUGAUCUCUCUUGUAAUAUAAUCUAGCCAUGACAGACA